CCUAGCGACACCAACCACCGCUACUGCGUCUGCUACUCUUCUUUUGUCCAAAUUCCCCAUCGCCUUGCAUUUCUUCCGCUUGCUGGUCCCAGGCGCACUUUCGGCGCUUGACUGAACGAUCGCUCCCGGCUUCCGUCUGCCCACCCAGCGGCCGUCGUAUCAUCACCUGCACCUCCCAUCGCAGACGCCAUCCGAUCUCUUCACACCGACACACCACACACCACCCUGGCCCGCCCAUUGUCUCCUCUGCAGCCUUCCACCGCAUCCCAUCUCCUGUGCAUCCAUCGCACCACUCUCGCCGACAAAGACGAGGCCGUUCCUGAGGGCAUUGCGCCAUACCCCGCCACAGCCGACUAUCUAUGAUUCGAUAAGACCCGAUACCGCGGUUGCGAUAAAGCACUUCUCUUUUCCUCACCCGCACAUCCCACCAUGCCCGUGAAGCGGCCAUCGGGGCGAAGAUGCUUUGGCUGGUUCAUCGCUGUCGCCCUCAUCUAUCUCCUCUUCUGUCUGCUCGGCGUGCAGAUCGACAAGACCAACAGCGACGUCGACCUGAUCGAGAGCGCACAAUGGGUCAAGACAGGCAAGAGCUGGCUCGACCGGCAGGCCUGUCGCUGGAUAGGUCUCUGCGGCACUAUGCAUCUGCUCAAGCAGAGUGCCUGGACGUCGUCAAAUAUCCGCGACGCACUCCCUCCACCGCACGAUGACCCGUCGCAAUGGUGGACGUCGGGCGACGAGAAUCCCGACUCGUGGUCGAAAGAGGAAAGAUUACGGCGUGAGAUACCACAGUAUGUUCUCGACCAUGCACCCUAUGUGCAUCUCUUUUCGGGCGAGCAGUUCUGGCCCUGCGAUAUUGGCGAGCAUUUGACGCACACAACGACAUAUUUAAACUACACCAAAGUGGAAGGUGUACUGGAGGAACGCAACCUCACGAACCUCAACGAACUUAAUGACUACGAGAGUGGAGAGCAUAGCAGGUACAUGUAUCUGCAAAGUAAUGAUAACCCGGAGGAGAGGCCCGAAUGGCUGGUAGGCGCGAAGAAUAUCCCCAGGUUGCCCGUGCCCUUGGACGACGAACCACCUCGGGAUGAUGCUCCACCAGAUCUUGACGAUCUCAAAGAUUAUGACCUGGAGUCACUUAAACAGCAAGCGCUGGAUGACGCUUACAAAUCAUCGGCAACAUCACCAUCUGCGGAAGAACUUCCCACCGGCCUGUCGUCGAGUCCCGAUGGACGAUGUGGAGGGAGCAGUGGUUUCACCUGCAAAGGCAGCCGUGCGGGUAGGUGCUGCUCCAUCUACGGAUGGUGUGGCAAUUCUGAAGAAUAUUGCGGAGAUCCUUGCGACCCACUUGCCGGAGACUGCUACGACCCGUACAAUCCACCACGAGGUCCGCAUGUGGAUCUGCGUAAACGCAGCAGCACACUGGACUUGAACGGCGACAAGCACAAACCACAGCCUGGUGGCAAGAGUUCAGCGCCGGCCAUUCUCAUUGUUGUGCCUAAAGAAAAUGGAAUCGUUGAUGCAUUCUGGUUCUUCUUCUACUCGUUCAACCUCGGGCAGACAGUGUUGAACAUCCGCUUCGGCAACCAUGUUGGCGACUGGGAGCACACAUGUGUUCGCUUCAGGAAUGGCAAGCCCAUUGAAGUAUUCUUGUCCGAGCAUAACUUUGGUCAAGCGUUCACGUGGAAAGCGAUGGAGAAGUACAUCCCAAGUCAUGACGGUUCAGGUACCAUGAUUGGCAGCUGGAGUAACGAGACUGCCGGACGCAUGGCCAAGCGACCUGUCGUCUACAGCGCCAUCGGCUCCCACGCCAUGUACGGCACACCUGGACUCCAUCCAUAUAUCAUCCCUUUCGGACUUUUGCACGACGAGACUGACCGAGGGCCACUAUGGGAUCCUGCCAAGAACUUCCAAGCUUACACCUACGAUCCGAAGAAUAGGACUAUGCGCGCAUCGACAUUAAACCCCACAUCACCUGUUAGCUGGCUGCACUACGCCGGCCACUGGGGCGAUAAAUAUUACGAACUCUCCGAUCCUCGACAAUACCGCUUCGCAGGCCAAUACCAUUAUGUCAACGGCCCCACCGGACCCAAAUUCAAGAACCUCGGACGGAGUAGAGUCUGUCAACGGCGCGGCAAAUGCGAUGUCCGACAUUGGCUCGGAGGCAGCAAACUGGCGCUCGGGAACCCGGAAGAGGAUGUCGAAGACGGCACCUUACCUGGCGGAAACCAAACAGAUGACACUUCCGCCUCCGUGGCUCUACCCUCGUCCGCCAGGCAAGAUGACAGUUCGUACAGCGAAGUCAUGUACGACGAAGGCAAAGAGGAAUUUUCUAUGUGGACACGAUAGAAGAGAGGGAUUGGCGUUCCGGAAGACUGGGGCGAAUUGUUUUUUCAUUGUUGUUGAAUAUGACUUUUGGAAGUCAUCAUUUUGCGCGCCUUACUGUUUCUGAACGACGUAUGGAAGCGAUGCGCGACGAUACCCUGUGAAUUUUAUUCAUCUUGCUUUUUGGGGCCAUGGGCUUGGUGGGAAUAUACUACGGCUACUACAGCUUACUACAGAUGAUACAGAGAUGGAUAUCAAUGAACUGAGGAAGGAAGAAGACUUGAUAGACUCUCGGUAGAGAUGACCUUUGAAUGAAUGUGAAG